CGCCGGUCUCCGCAGCCUUCGCCGAGUCCCGGGGAGGAGCCCCGCGCGCUUUCUGGCUAGAGUGAGUUAGAAGGGAAGCAGGCACAAAGAGUCUCCCUGAGUCUGGGUUUUAAGACUUUGGCCCCUCAAUUACAGACUUCCUCGCUUUGUUUUGGUGGACACAUCUGUCAACAUCACCCUUAGCACCGCCCUCCGUCCGCCCCACGUGAUGGAGGCGGCUGCAUCCUUCCUGUAUUUACUUUCUACUCUGAUAUUAUUGUCCAGAGGACCAGAGGUUAAUUUAUUCUGGAAAGCUGUUGUUGGAUCACCAGUGUCUCAAGGACUUGCUUCCAAAGGAAAAAUGGCAUGUUUUGCAUCUGGUGUGCAAUGUGAAGGGUCCUUCAAAAAUGUCAGAAACCAGUGCAAAGGUUGCUGAAUCCACAGAGCAGCCUGCUGGUCUCCAUCAGGGACAGUAUCCUGGGGAUUCCUCGGGUGAUAGCUUAAGGCAAAGGGAGGUUCUUCGGAACCUUUCUCCCUCUGGAUGGGAGAAUAUCUCAAGGCCUGAAGCUGUCCAGCGAGUGUUCCAAGGCCUGGGGCCUGGUUUCUCGGGCUAUACAACCUAUGGUUGGCUGCAGCUCUCCUGGUUCCAGCAGAUCUACGCACGGCAGUACUACAUGCAAUAUUUAGCGGCCACUGCUGCAUCGGGGGCUUUUGUCCCUUCACCAAGUGCACAAGAGCUACCUGUGGUCUCUGCACCUGCUCCAGCCCCUAUUCACAACCAGUUUCCAGCAGAGAACCAGCCAGCCAAUCAGAAUGCUGCUCCUCCAGUGGUGGUUAAUCCUGGGGCCAAUCAAAAUUUGCGGAUGAAUGCACAAGGUGGCCCUAUUGUGGAAGAAGAUGAUGAAAUAAAUCGAGAUUGGUUGGAUUGGACCUAUUCAGCAGCCACAUUUUCCGUUUUUCUCAGUAUCCUCUACUUCUACUCCUCCCUGAGCAGAUUCCUUAUGGUCAUGGGGGCCACCAUCGUUAUGUACCUGCAUCACGUUGGGUGGUUUCCAUUUAGGCAGAGGCCGGUUCAGAACUUCCCAAACGAUGGUCCUCCUCAUGAAGCUAUAAAUCAGGACCCCAACAAUAACUUACAGGUAAGGAGCUCCCAGGGGGGGCCCAGCAAGCUUCUUGUGAAAUGCCAGGCUCUCAAAUCCUUAACAUUUAGAUACUUAGCCUCAUAGUUUACCAUUUCAUUAGGCUGAAGUUUCAAGAUUUUUUCAAAUUUGUUCUUAGAGCAGUAGCUUUUUUUUUUUUUUUUUUUUAAGAUUU